CUGCCAACUGCCUAAGCAUUAAAGAAUGGGAAAGCAACUAAACCUUCCUUCCUCGUUGCUCUCUCACUCCCUCUCUCUCUACUGAGUUAAAGAACUGAGCUCUCCCACACUAGAACUCCAAAGCUCCGUUGUGGAAGGGAGAACCAAAGCAAACCAAAAAUGCCCUUAAGGAUUAUCCUGGCCCUAACAUUUCUGUACUUCGCAGCAUCAACCACCACAGCCCAUUACUCUUCUUCCUCUUAUUCUUCAGCCUCAGCUACACCGGCGAUGUCGAUAUGGCCGGCGAUGUCGGAAUGGAGAUCGGCACGGGCGACCUACUACGCUUCGUUGGAUCCUCGAGACACUGUGGGGGGUGCGUGUGGGUACGGCGAUUUGGUGAAGCUAGGUUACGGCAUGGCCACUGUGGGUCUGAGCAGUGUUCUUUUCGAGAAGGGUCAGAUCUGUGGUGCUUGUUUCGAACUCAGAUGCGUUAAUGAUCUCAAGUAUUGUAUCCCUGGGACUUCCAUCAUCGUCACGGCUACUAACUUCUGUGCUCCCAACUAUGGUCUCCAGGCCGAUGGCGGUGGCCACUGCAACCCUCCCAAUCGCCAUUUUGUGCUACCAAUUGAGGCUUUUGAGAAAAUCGCAGUUUGGAAAGCCUCGAACAUGCCCGUUCAGUAUCGCAGAAUACGAUGCAGAAAGGAAGGAGGAAUGCGAUUUAGAAUUGAUGGCUCUGGCAAUUUCUACUCAGUCUUGAUCAGCAAUGUUGCGGGUGCUGGAGAUAUAGUAGCUGUAAAGAUCAAGGGAUCAAACACAGGGUGGCUACAGAUGGGAAGGAAUUGGGGCCAAACCUGGCACAUAAAUGCCGACCUAAAGAAUCAACCCCUCUCAUUUGAGGUUUCUGCUAGUGAUGCGGUCACAGUUACUUCCUACAAUGUUGCACCCAAGGACUGGAAUUUUGGGCAGACCUUUGAAGGGAAACAAUUCCGGUGAUAGAACACUUGCAACAAAGACAACCAGCACAAAGAUAGUUUGGAAACCAAAUUCCACUCUUGUUUUCUCUGAAAGAGAGGGAAGGGGGGGUUGAUUACUGAUGCAAAUGGUGAUUCUGCAACAAGGUUUUGGUCUCUUAGGACACAGAAUAUUGGGAGAGAUGGGUAGUUUUCAGUCACUCUGUGAGGGAAAACCAACAAGGUAAGAGGAUAUCUGCCUUACCUAGGGUUGAGUGUUGGGUGGAAGGGGUUGGGCAAUGCCAUGGAAGUGACUUUUGGGAUAAAAAUCAAUUUAUGAGUUUUGAAGUAGCUCAUAAUGUAGAUGGUGGCCGUGGAUGGAAAAUUCUUGUAUUAUAUAGGAGAAAGAUCUCUAUGCUGACAAUGUGGGGAUGCUUUGCCACUCUCUCCCAUCCUGACCAUAUGUGGGCCUCCCUGUUUACGAAACUGUUUCCAACGCUGUGUCGGCAUGAGGAACCCUCUCCCUGUUUGUACACUACAUUAUCUUGGAAAUAAGAAAUGCCUUGCAGAGUUUAA